CAUAUACAAGAGCAAGCAAGAGAGACAGCAACUACAUACUUCUUCUCACUCGUUUAUACUUGAUGCUUUAUGCGCAAGCGUUGCGACUGUGGUGUGAGAAACCCUCAUCUCUCAAAGCUUAUAAUGUAGUUAGAGUAGACAAGUUUUCAUAUGCGCGGUAGCUUCUCGGACAUGCGCACAACGUUCAAAGUCUAAAUGAGGGAGACAGACAUGUCUGCACCGGUGGGUCGGCAUCUUUUUCUAGACCCCUACUAGCAAUAUAGGAGUACUAAGUUUAUGGUGUCGACAUGGUACUGCAGCUACCUAAACCAAUCCCGGCCGUGUGAGCAUGCGUAGGCUUAGGCGUGCGUAUGUGAGUACGGAGGUUGAGCAACCUACCGGGCGCCUCCCCAGGUGGCGGAUAGGGGGAGCCAACGGCCCAGCACCCUCUAAAAAGGGCAAGUCUGGGUGUUGGUGACCACGAAUAAACCGGUGCUGUUUGAAACUAGCGUCCGGUGAAUAAGUGGGGCGGACCAGCUCUCUUGGCCCAGCUGUAGUGUCGUGGCGGAGAGCUUAGCACCAAGAUAACGAUGCCGGAAUUACCUAUUCCUCAAGGUUAGGUAUGUGGUUCCGAUAUACCGGUACUUCUGUUGACGGUGGUCAUGUCUCGCGGACAGAAGUGGUGGGGGUCUUGGCUUAACCGCCUGGACCAAGAGGAUGGAGACCUCAAUAAAAAAACUCCCCAAAUCUUAAGGUUGGGAUGGGCCGAUAGGAUGGAUGACUGUGGGGUGAUGCAGUCGUUACCAUUCCACCCCCCGGGAAUCUGGCGCACCCGGUGGUGUAUAAAUUGCCCUCUCUUAGGUAAGGGCGAAGGCCUGGGAGUGAAAGUUAAACGACCCAUUGCGUGGGAACAAAUAUGCAAAGACUUAAAACUAAACAGAAGGGGAUGAGAAAGGAGAGAUCGAGUAAUAGCUCAGAAGGUGAGGGAAUUUAUGACGUAGGAAGGGAUAAGAAAGACACAAGCGAUGACGAAAGUAAUAAGGUAAGUAACAAUGAAAGGGAAAGCCUAGUAAAUAUAAUGAGGAAAUUUAGCGGGGUAAUCAGGGAUUGUGUUUCGGAUGAAAAUAAUAAAGUAAAUAAAGGGGUGGCAAAAUUAGUACUGUCAAGUUUGGCAGGAAUGGAAAAAGUUAUGGUGGAUGUAAUGUUGGAAAAUGAAAGAUUAAAGGGAAGAAUAGAAGGAAGGAUGACAGAAAUGAAAGAAGUAAGGUCUGAGGGUAUUGAAAGGCACGAAAGGGAAUAUGAAAGGAAUAAGAGAGCAUGUGAAAGUAAUAAAACACAAAAAAGAACGUAUGCGGUAAUAGUAAAAGGUGCGGAAACGAAUGGAGAACAAGUAAAGGAAAAGCUGAUAGAUCGGGCGAAGCCUCGGUUGAGAAGUAUAAAAGUUGAUGCUGUUAGAAAGACAAAAAAGGAUGAGGUGGUCAUUGAAGUAAGUAGCGAGCACGAUAAGAAACAAUUAGUGGAGUGUAGAGAAUUUGAAAUGGUUGGACUUACAAUUGAAGAAUUAAAACAAAAAAUGAACAGAAUAGUGAUGUAUGAUGAACUAAACGAAUGGUCUGAUGAAUUCAUAAUAAACCAACUUUACGAAAAGAACUGUAGAGAUGUAAUGACUCGAGUUGAAUAUAAGAAGAGGGCAAGGGUUGUUGUUAGAGGAGGUAAGGGAAAAGAGAAAGGGAAUGUCAUAAUGGAAUUACCGGAAAGGAUUAUAAAGAGAACAACUGAUCGGGGAUCCAGUCGUGAGGUGCUUCAAAUGUUUUGCGUUUGGUCAUACAAUGAAGUUGUAGUUGUCUGUAAAAAAUGUGGAGGUGAGGGGCAUAUGAGUAGGGAUUGCAGGGAUGGGGAUAUAAGGUGUAGGAAUUGCAAGGUGAGGCAAAGAAAUAAUAGCCACCAUAUUUUAAGUAAAGAUUGUCCCGAAAACUUAAUGAGGUUGAAUUGGGUGAAGGGGAGGAAAUGCGACAGUGAUGGGGGGAAUAAAGGAAGGUACAAGAUAUGGCAGGUGAAUGAACACAGGGGGUAUAGGGUAAUGUGUGACUUGGAUGUGGCUAUGUUGGAAGAAAAGGUGGAUGUCUUAUUGUUACAGGAACCAUAUGGGAAAGGAGAUGAUAUACCGGGUAUACCACAUAGGCUGCUGGUCGUUGCAGUGUCUGGUGGCACUGCUGCUAUAGUCACCAGACAGGAUUUGGAGGUCGAGGUGAUUGUAGACUGCACCAACACAAUUGGGGUUUGUGUCAAAAUUAACGGACAACUUGGUGAGGUGAUUCUUGUAUCUGCAUAUUGCAGGUAUGGGGAGCCUAUAGAUACCGGUCUAGGGUACCUUAAAAAUACCCUAGCCAAAGUGAAUGGAAGCAGAAUACUAAUAGGAAUUGACGCAAACGCUGUAUCGCCCAUGUGGCAUAGCAAGAUCCCAGUUGGAGAAGUGCGGGAAACAGAAAUGAGGGGAAGGGAAGCGGAGGAAAUGAGUAUGGCAGAGGAUUUGAUUAUAUAUUUAAUGAAUACAGCCCGGUGUAUACUUUUUCAACGGUCAGUGGACAAAGCGACGUAGAUGUCACAAUGAUAAAGAGGAAUUGGAGAUGAUGGGUCAUUAAAUGGAAUAUACGUUCGGAAUACGGGAUUAGUGACCAUAAUAUAAUUGAAAUAAUGUUAGGAAAACAAGGGGGUCUAAGGAAAACUAACGAUAUUAACAGAUGGAAGUUAAAGGAUGUAGAUUGUUGGAAAGGAUUCGUGGACAAAAUGAAGAAUGCGGUUAGUGAAAUUGACCUGGACUAUUUCCGAGAAAUGUCUGUUAUAUUGAUAAGGUGGAAUGUGUAAAUAAUAAAAUAAGAAAUGUAUGUACAAGACUUUUAAAAAGAAAAAAGAUGAGUUGCAAAUGUACAGUUAACUGGUGGAAUGAGGACUUAACUCGGAGAAAGAAAAUGGUAAGGAAAGCAAGAAAGUUAGUACAAAGGAUGAGGAGAAAUGGAAAUAGGAAUGAGGAAACACUAGAAUUGGAAGAAAAGUAUAAAAGAGUCGUGAGAGAAUAUAAAAUGGAACUAAAUAAAAGCAAAUAAAAUAACUGGAGGGAGUUUGUUAAUACAAUCGGGAACUCGGAUCAGUGGAGUGAUGUAUACAAGGUAUGCCUUGGGAAAAGGAAUAAAGGAAUUAUGGGAAGUAUAAGAACUGGAAAUGAGGAAAUUAAUGAUUGGAAGGAGAGAAUGGGUUCUUUAUUGGCAUCAUUCUUUCCUAGAGGAGUUGUAAUGAAUAGGGUGUGGGGAGAAGGACAGUGUAUAAUUGUGACAGAAGAGGAAGUAGAGAAGGCAAUAAGGAAGAUGAAGUUAGGUAAAGCGUCGGGAUUGGAUAGGUUUCCUCCGGAAGUGGUGAGGGCCUUUUGGAGGGCUGACCCAGAGUAUUUAAUACAGUUGUUCAAUGAUUGUAUACAACAAGGCAUAUUCCUAAUGAAUUGAAAGAAGGCUAAUGUGGUGGUUAUAUUAAAGGGACCAGAUAGACUCAAGGAUGAUGUGGCAUCUUAUCGGCCGAUUUGUCUGCUGAACGUUAUGGGAAAGGUGCUGGAAAGGGUGUUGGUAAAUAGAAUUAAUAAUAAAUAUGAUGAUGAAUUAAUUGACAAACAGUAUGGAUUUAGGACUGGGAAAAGUACGGUGGAUACAUGGAUGAAGGUAAAACAAACGGUAAGGAGCUCACGACGGAAAUAUGUACUGGCUUGCUUUGUGGACAUUAAGAGCGCGUUUGAUUGGUUAGACUGGAGAUAUUUACAGGAAUGGAUAAUUGAACUGGGAUGUGAGGAAAGGAACAUAUGGAUGGAUUAUUUUAAUAAUGGGAAAGCUUAUAUAAAGGGAAAAUAUGAUGAAGUAGGAAUAGAUAUUGAAAGGGGAUUCCCGCAAGGCAGUAUAGCAGGGCCACUUAUGAGGAAUUUGACAAUGAAUGUUCUAUUAAAGGAAUUGGAAGGAAUAUGUAAGGCCGUUGCUUAUGCUGAUGAUCUGUUACUUAUGGUUGAUGGAAAUAGUAGGAAAGAGAUAGAAGGAAAAAUGAUGAAUGGGUUAGAAAGAAUAGGAGAGUGGGGUCAGAGUGCUGGAGUAAUAUUAAAUGAUAAAAAAAUAGUUACUAUGAUGUUAAAAGGGAGAUUAAUUGGAAACAGACCAAUAUUGGUGAGAAUGGGUAAUAGAACAAUAGCAUAUGCUCAGGAAGUUAAAUAUUCGGGAAUAUUGACUGGAGAAAGGUUAAACUAUAAAAUACAUAUGAGACACAUAAGGAGAAGAAUGACUAAUGUGGUUGGUUGCCUGAGAAGGGUGACCAGAAGAGAUUGGGGAUUGAAGGGUAGAAGUCUGAGAAUGAUAUAUGAAGGACUCUUAGUGGUUAUUGGAAUGUAUGGAGAAAGCGUUUGGGUUGACAUUUUAAAAUAUUGGAUUGGAAUAAAUAAAUAAAUAAAUAGAUGUCAGAGGAUAGCUCUAUAUUGUUGUCUGCCAAUCUGUGGAACUGUAUGCACGGAAAGUAUGCAGGUGAUGAUGGGUACACCUUCUUGGGAUUUAUUGGCUAGGAUGAGGGCUGGAAUAUGCAUGGUAAAGAAGGGAAUUUUGAUGGAUGAACUGGACUUAUGUGGAGAAAGGGAAUUGAGAGGACUUUGUAUAAGAAGAUGUGGAAUAAUUAUGAAAGAAAAAGUUAUGGAUUUAUGGCAGGAAAGAUGGGAUAAUUGUGGAAAAGGGAGGAUUACAUAUAGUUUCUUGAAGGAUGUUAGGUGGUGUGAUAGAUGCGAGUGGGUGAAAUGGACUUUGGGAUUAGGGUUUGUAGUUACAGGCCAUGGGUCCAUGAAUAAAUACUUGUACGAUAGGCACUUGCAUGAAACAGCUGCUUGUGUAUGGUGUGGACGGAUAGAAGAUUGAGUGCAUAUUAUGUUUGAGUGUAAGAAAUAUGAGAAUAUGAGAAGUUGGAAUGUAUGGGAAGUAAGGAAUGUGGGAGAAAGAGAAUGGGAUGUGAGCGAGGCACUGAUGAACAGAAGGAGUUACGAAAGGAAUUUGUGGGGUGGGGUCUUUAACGAAAGAAAGAGUAAUAGGUGAGAAUGAAUAGAUGAAUCAAAAGAUGGGAUUUAGCGCAGGGGCCGCCACGGCGAUUUAGGCUUGGCGACCCCACGUACCCGAGUUGGUCAACCAGUACCUAGAGUUGCAAGAAAUCUCAACUGGGAGGAGUUGUUAUAGUUGCUCCAAACAUCCCACCAAUAGUAGAAUGCAGAUUCGGGCUAUAGGGCCGUGGUCUCA